CCUCUUUUUUUUUUCCAUUUUUCCCAAAACCCCUGUUCCUCUCGCUCUCGCCCGCUUCUCCCAUCCCAUCGGUUCUCGGCUUCUCGCCACAACCAAAGGAACCCUCUCUGCUUCCACGCCAUCGUCAAAGUCGCUUUUUACUCUCUAAACUGCCUUCCCUUCUCUUCUUGCUCAAGAGUAGCUUCUUCCUUCAAUCUCAUACGAAUUCUUGUAUGCUUCUAUAAUUCCAUCGUUUUUAUUUGUUGUUCUCUAUUCAUCGUUCAUCAACCAACAUGUUUAACUCCCACCGUUACAAACCCCUUAUCUAUCUAAACCUAAAAGUUCUAUUCCGAAGAACACAACCACACAUGUUCUGCACUUCACAAUCACACUCUUUGACGGUUUCAUACCUCAUCAAUAACCUUGGCUUCACCCCACAAUCUGCUCUAAACGCAUCAAAACGGCAUCGUUUCAAGACCCCACACAAGGCAGACUUAAUAAUCGCAUUCUUCAAGACCCAUGGAUUCUCCCAUUCCCAAAUCGCUUCCAUUGUUGCCAAGCUACCUAAGAUACUUUCAGCCAAUCCGGAAAGAAUCCUGCCAAAGUUUCAAUUUCUGGCCUCCAAAGGUGCUUCCACCGAUGACAUUGUUCUGCUAGCCACUAGGAACCCUAGAUUCUUGCAUUCGAGCCUCAAGAACAACAUAAUCCCUACUUAUGGAAUGAUGAAAACCUUCUUUCAAUCCGAUCAGAAAACGCUCCGUUGCAUUGCUUCUUUCCCUGCUUUGUUCAUGGAGCAUCGCUUGGUGAAAAAUGUCAAGUUGUUGGCUGAUGCAGGAGUCUCUAACUCCGCAAUCCACCAUUUAUGUCGUACCAGGGUGUCCGUGCUCUAUUCUUCUGAUUUGAGGAAGCUUGUGGAUGAAGUAAAGGAAUUAGGGUUUGAUCCGUCAUCGGUUAAAUUCGCCAUAGCUUUGCUAGCCAAGAAGACUAUACGGAAAUCACUGUGGGAUGCGAAAGUCGAUAUCUUGAAGAGCUGGGGUUGGUCUAAAGAAACAACGUCCCAAGCAUUCUGGAGGAACCCUUUAUGUAUGCUAUCAUCUAAGGAUAAGAUUAAUGAGGUGAUGAAACUUUGGGUCAAUCAAUUAGGUUGGGACCCUUUGGCUCUUGCCAAGUUUCCAUGGCUUUUUGGAUAUAAUUUGGAGAGAAGGAUUAUUCCGAGGGCUUUUGUUCUUCAGUAUUUACUUUCAAGAGGUCUGAGAAACAAGAAUGAUAAUUUAAGUACCCCAUUUUAUGUUUCUGAAGAGUUGUUCUUUAACAAGUUUGUGGAAUGUUUUACCGAGGAAAGGUCUCAACUACGUAAGAUAUACUAUGAGAAAAAAGGAUGUUCAUGAUAAUAGGCAAUGAGACCUAUGGCAUUUUUCCUUUAUCAGCUGAUAUGUGGAUGCUGUUGUUGCUGCCGCCUUCCCUUGCAAUAUUAUCUUCCAAUUUUCGUAUUAGCGUCAUCUCAUUGAAAGGAUAUUCUAGUACUUGGUUCUACUCAAAUCUCUAUUUUAGGUGUAGGUUAGUUCAUUGAGCUUAGAUAUGACUAUGAGUCAUGUAUUGAUGACCAAGUGAAAGCAAAGUUUGAUUGAUUGAAUAAUUGUUCAUUCGUCAUCAUAUGUAUACCUAUAUAUGGUGUGAGUCACGACAGCUUCUGGGCACAGCAUAAGCAUGGUAGUUCAGGUAGCAGCCUCGCAGGGGUGCUAAUUACUACUUGCUUGAGAUGGAUAACUGUGUAUGAGAUAUUAAAUACAGAUCAGGAUCUUUCUUCUGAUUUUCUGUUUUGAGUUCUUUUACUAGAUUUUUAAGUUUUUAUAAGAAACUUAGCUUGCUUUACCUUUGGAUCUGUUCUGUGUUUUUUACCUUAUGAGUGGUCAAUUUGGUAUCAUUUGAUUCAUGUAUCCCGAUCCAUCUAGUAGAACAAGAUUUAGUUGUUGUUAUUCAUUCUCUAACACUCUUUAGUAAAUAUUUUUAUCUACGAGGAAGACGCUUCUCCGUGAUUCAAGGGAAAGUUUUGUCCUUAUUUGCAGUAUGAUCAUAAUUCAUUUGAAUAACACUAUAACAUAGAGUAUAAGUUUUGCCGUUGGUGAAAAAAUGGAAAACAAAAACUUAAGCUAAUUUUGAGUGUGGCAGUCUGGUAGAAUCAUAGGAGCCACAAAGAUUUACUUCUUAGAUUUGUUUAUUUAUAAGGUGAUGUUAGAUGUUGGUAUAAGGGUUAAAAAUUAAUGCUAAGGCUGUCUCGUCUGAUUCUAUAACUUGCUUUAUUGAUUCUACUAAUUAGUUUUUUUUUUUUUGGUCGGUGGAUUGGACAACCCCCAAUCCUAGGUACACAACACACCCACACAUUCCUCACACUUACCACAAUAUUCUCCCUAAUUGCAACCGGUCGGGUUUGAACCUGCGACCUUUGAGGUGAGGAAGGGGAGAUAUGCCAUGUGAGCUAAGGCUCAUUGGCUACUAAUUAGUUUAUUCAGUUAUUAGUUCAGCUUUCUGAAUUGUGAAUUCUACUUGAGGUUAUGGAUAUGAAAGAAACUUAUCUCAGUUGCUUUAUUCAGCUUUGAGUUAAUAGUUCUCUUUGGGUUUGGAAUGGAAGGGUGGAUGAUAGCCCAAUUUGUAGUUUAUCCAAAUCUACUCUGACAGGUUCUUGAUUGCUACGAAUAAACAUCAUUACAAAGUAAACCAACUUGCGGCUGAGCCAUGUGAAUAUGUGAAUAUUAAACCACACCAAGUUCGAGUUCUAGCAGUGGCUACUGGCUAGGUUAGUGUGUGUGAGUGAGUAAAUGUGUAAAAAAAAGUAAAAACCUACGCAAACUUGAGUUGGUUUAGUAUUAGUGGGACGUAAUUGCAUAUUCCCUAAAGUUUUGGAGUACUAAAACUCCGGUUAAAAAGUUAAA